AUGGCUGAUGAUAAGUCAUUCUUUCUUUAUGGAAUGGGGGAACGGCCCGAGGCAUUAACCUUGGGAUCGUUAGUCUUGGAAAAGUAUUGGCAGCCAAUGAGUGCUCGACAUUAUACUCAUGAACUAUUAAGUGAUGAUGCUCUCGGCGAGCACGCAUACAAGACUGACAUCACCAACGCGGUCUUCCAUGGCUAUUCUCGUUUAACACCUGGAAUUGGUCUUGAAGGUGGGGAUAUCGCACAUCUCAACCUGGCAUAUAACAAAGACCUUGAACGGAUCGUAAUCGCCGAAAAGGGCAAAAGACUUCUACUAAAAGACCCAGAAACGUUCCUAACAAAGAACGUCCUAAGCAAUGAAACGGCACAAGAAAAACUCAAACUAUGGCUCUCGGCAGCUAACAGCUCCUAUGUUUUAAACUUCAAGUUCGCCCGCCGUCCAAAAGUAUGGAUGCUAACGGGUCUCUACUUGUUAGAGGGGGCACGAACGGUCGUGUCAAGGGGUAAAUCCUCGAAGGUAUCAGUGGGUGUCUCGUCCGCUAUUAUUGGUGCCAUGUCAGGUGUUCCGGUUGGUGGAUCUGUGAGUUUGGGCGUCGGGGAGACGUGGGAGAUGGCUAUGCAGGUUGCCGAGCCGCAUGUCUGGGCGGCGCAGUAUCGAUUGGUUGAUGCGAAGUUUAUUAAGGUUGGGAAGGGGGGUGUUGAUGAGGUUAAGUUGCCUGUUUCAAUGGGUCUUUAUCGGGAUUUCAUGUCUGUGAAUACGGCUAGAGGGGGAGGAGUUCAAUCUGUUGAGCUUGGGCUCGGGGAGUUAAAAGAGGGACUCAAAUGUGGAGAGGAUGGAGAGCCGGAGGGGUUGUUUGUGGAGGAUGACCAGGAGAAUGUGGAGGUGGAGCAGUAUGAGAAACAGUUGGAGCAGGCUAUUAAGAUUUUUGAGAAGGCGCCGAAACACUUUUUGCAGUAG